AUGGAAGAUACCAAAACACAGGUUUUGACACCUUCAAGCCCUAGUUUUAAAAAACUAUUUUCCAAAAAGCCUCCUAGGUCAUCAAAUCUAAAUGCUCAUUGUCAUAUUUGUAAUCUUCAAUUUUCGUCAAUCCAUAAAGGAUUUGAAUGUUCAGUAUGCAAAAAAGGAGUCUGCAAAGAGCACAUUCUGGUCCGAACUGCAAUGACGUUGCUUCCUAUUUGCGAUGAUUGUGAAAGAAGCAGAAUUAAAAAAGAAAUCGCAAGAGAGCUUGCACCUCAGUAUAAGUCAUUAAAAGGUGAUAUGAAUUGAAUGCUUAAAGAAAAAGAAAAGAUAAAGACAGAGAUUACAGGGAAAUAUGAAAUUAUUUCGAGGCUAGAAAUUCAGAUGAAAAAUAACGAAAAAACUUAUGCGCAGAGAUUGGAGAAUUUUGAAAAGAAAAUUGAAGAAGAAAAUGAAAGGGAAAAGACAGUGCAGAAUGUAAUUGAGAGCUUAAAAAAUGCCUUAACUGAAUCUCACUCUAUCCAAUUAAUAAUAAUUAAAUUUUCUAAUGAUUAGAAUGAUUUUCUUAUAUAUUUUUUACUCCAAAUUUUUGCCAAAAAGUAUUACUGCAGGGAGAGUCAGAAUUCAGAAGAACAAAUGAAGAGGAAAAAUGAAAUAAAAGCAGAAGAAAUCAAAACACAUAUAGAGGAAAUCAAAGAAAUGAAAGAAUCUGAAGAAAAGUUUUUAAACAAUAUUGACGAAAUUAAUAAAAAUUUGAGAAAUACAAUCCCAGCAACUAAGAUAAAAUCAAUUGCUUGCUCAAAGUGUUAUGAAGCUUUGAAAGAAACUUUUAAAGAAAAAUACAUGGACGCACUCAGAAAUGAAGGUAGGGAAAGCUUGCUAGCAAGUUUUAUAUUGAAAGCAAGUGUAAAGCCUACUGAAGGUACAAAAAGAGCAAGAAUUGAAUCAAUUACAAGAGAAACUUGCAAGCAAUGCUUACUAAUGUAA